AAGGCGAGGGUCGAGCCAGCAGGUUUAUUGAGGUUGCACCGUUUGGAGGCCAGCUUCUUGGUAAGCUCCACCUCCCCAGUGCCCCACCACCUCUCAAUGAGGGCGAGAGUUUGGUGAGCAGAAUCCUCCAGCUUGGCCCACCGGGGACAAGUUUCCUGGGUCCUGUAAUUGUGGAGGUGCCCCACUUUGCUGCUCUGCGUGGGGGCGAGCGUGAGCUUGUUAUCUUGAGGAGUGAAACGGGUGAGAGCUGGAAGGAGCAUCAUUGUGAGCACACCCAAGAAGAACUCAACCAGAUCCUUAACAGCAUGGAUGAAGAACUGGACUCUCAGGAGGAGCUCCAGAAGAAGCGCAUUUGCCGCAUCAUCACCAGGGAUCUCCCACAAUACUUUGCUGUGGUGUCACGUGUUAGGCAAGACAGUAUUUUGAUUGGUCCCGAAGGAGGCGUCCUGAACAGCACGGUUGUACCCCAAGUGCAAGCUGUUUUUCCUGAGGGGGCCCUAACCAAAAGGAUCAGGGUGGGCCUGCAGGUAAAUGACAUUGCUUUGGAGCUUCACAUGUGUGAGACAUCCCGCAUGGUGCAUGAAAAUAUGUUGCUUCAGAGGACUCUGGGUUGGAGAGUGGUAGCGUGGUGGCCCAUGCAGCCUCCAGUGCACCUUCUUGAGUGUUUUGGCAUCCCAGGUGUGACCAAAGUCAGCUGCUUCUGGUCUUGAUUUUUUGGUUCUUAGACCUGGACAAUAA